AUGGGGACCCCGCGCCGCUGCCGCGUGUCCCCAUGGCGGGGAGGCCCAUGGGCAGCAGGAGCGAGGCCGUUGCAGGGCUCGUGCUGCCAGGCAGCGCUGCUGGAGGCUGCACAGGCUGCGGGGCCCUUGUCCGCGCUGCUGGGGCUGUCGGGAGGGAGAGCAGCCAGGGCCGGGGCUGACGGAGCUCUUUGCGCGCCCUUCCCUGUGCACAGGCAGAGCCAAGGAGCCCCGGGAGCCAGGGUCACCCGCCUGCCCUCCCUGCGGCUCCUCACCAAGGUGGUCGGCUUCUACGGCCCCGUAAGUGUCCGCACGGCCUCCGCUCCGCCCCGAGAGCCGCUUGGCUUUCCCACCCGACCACGCAACGGGUUGCUCACGGAGGCACCUUGCUCUCUCGCCCAGGAGGCGUCGCUGACGGCCAGGACCGUGGAGGCGCUCAUUUUGGCAGAGGUGAGCAGCGGCUGCCUUUGCCUGGCCCUCGAUGGCUGCGGCCGGGCGGUAUCUCAGCACGCAGACGGAGCCAAGGGAGGGCGGAAGGUGGCGAUCUCAUGGCCCCUGGCUUGGAGAGGAACCUCUGCCACCGGGGACUGCCCAGGGCAGCUAGGCUCCGGCCCCCAGCUGUCUCUCUUUGGGCAGCCUCUGGCCCUCAUCUGCGGGCCAGGUGAUGCCCUGCCCCAGCCAGUCCAGGAGCUCCUGGACCUACUCUACGAGAGAGGCCCGGCCACCGAGGGCAUUUUCCGGAAGGCGGCCAACGAGAAGGCACGCAGGGAGUUGAGGGAAGAGCUGGACAGAGGCACGCAGGUUGAUCUGUCGAGCAAACCCGUGCACCUGCUGGCAGUGGUGCUGAAGGACUUCCUGAGGAACAUCCCCUGCAAACUCCUCGUGGCCGACCUCUAUGACAAGUGGCUGCUAGCGCUGGAGAAGCCCAGCCUGCAGGAGAAAAUUGCAGGCCUGAGAGAGGUGGCUGGCCUGCUGCCUCCAGCAAACCGCCUCUUGCUCCGGCGCUUGCUCUCUGUGCUCCACCACAUCAGUGAAAGUGCAGAGAGCAACCGGAUGGAUGCCAGCAACCUGGCGAUUUGCGUGGGGCCAAACAUGCUCAGCCCCGACAUGGACACCACGCUCCCGCUGGCCGUGCAGAAGGAGAGCAACGACAAGGUGACGCUCUUGGUGGAGCUCCUCAUCCACAACUGCGCAGCAGUAUUUGGGGAUGACGUUGCCUCGACCGAGGAGUCACGGGAGCACACAGCCAGCUCCACAGGUGCUGCUCAGCAGAACAGUGCUGCCUGCAACAGCCCCGAGCCUGCAGCUGAAGGCAGCCCUGUGAACUGCCACCAGGAGCAGCAGCCCAAAGCAGCAAGUGCUUUGGGGAGCAGCACCUAUCCCACCUGCCUCUCUGCCCCUCCGCUGACUAAUCAGAAGAAGGAGGUCAGCAACAUGCCCAGGAGCUUCUCAGAGGCAGACCUGUCCUGCCAGAGCAGCAGCCUGGAAGGCAGGAGAUGGGAUCCGGAGGCAGCCAAAAGAGAGGAGCCUUUUCCCAUUCAAGAGACAAAGUGCAGCGUGGAGAAGGGGGCUCUGGAAACAACGCCUUGCCAUCCUGCAGGCACGCUUAUCAAAUGGCACUCCCUCCCCACAAUAUCCUCCGGCUGCUCCCUGCAAAGCUCCUUUUCUCCUCUGAUGGCUCGGUCUUCACCACCUCUUCACUAG